GCCUCGCGGCACGCUCGGGCGGACGACGCCUGGUUGGUGAUCGGCGGCGAGGUGUUCGACGUCACGCCCUGGCUGGAAGACCACCCAGGCGGGAGGAUGCUCCUCCUGUCCUUCGCGGGGCGCGACGCCACCGAUGCCUUCGAGUCCGUCGGGCACUCGGCGCUGGCGAGGCGCGAGAUGCGGAGGCUGCGCGUGGGCAGGGUGCAGCGCGACGACGAGCCGCACAACGCCGGGGGCGGGGCGCUCGUGGGGCGCAAGGCCACGCUGACCGGGGGCAGGGCCACCUCCUCCGCCGAUCUCUGCGAGGCGGCCCCGAGGGCGGACGAGCGCGGCGUCUGGAGGGUGGAGGAGCACGGCUUCCUGCCCCGCAGCGACCCCGUCGGCCUCGAGGCGCUCCACGGCACUGGUUUCGAGGCAUUCGCGAAGCUGGCCGACGACCUCCCCGCGCUCGGCGUCGGCGGAGACCUGAAGGCGCUGCUGGACUCGGACGUGGAGCUGCAGCGGCAGCUGAGGGCCGCCGCGAGCGACGUGAGCCUGCUGUCGGACGACGAGGCGGAGCGCGCCUUCGCAGUCGUCGGCUACACCAUGCGGGAGUACACCCAGGGCAUCGACGUCUCGCGGUGCGCCGGUGCCGCUGGCGGCGACGGCCAGCAGGGGGGCAGUUGCGGGAGGGACGCCUGCCCGGCCGCGCGCUUGCCCGCGUUCCUCGCGGAGCCCCUGCUGGCCCUCAGCGGCCGGCUGCAGCGCCCACCGAUGAUCGACUACGCCUCCUCGGUGUGCGCGAUGCGGCUCACGGGCCUGCUCGACGAGGAGUGGUUCUUCAAGACGCACGUCGUCAUCGAGUCGGAGGCGUCGCACGUGGUUUCGGCUCUGAUCGGUGCCAUGCGGUCGGGCGAGGAGUCGGAGCUGCUGGAGCACCUGGUCGCCCUCGAGGACGCGAUGUGGCGGGUCGUGCGGGCGUGCCUGCCCAUCAUGUACGAGCGAGACACGUCCGGCACACCCAAGUGCAGCCCCGACGUGUUCUACACGAUCCUGAGGCCGCUCAUCAAGUCCGGCGAACUGGUCUUCGAGGGCGACUCGGGGCCGAGCGCACUUUCCCUGAACGGGCCGUCGGGGGCCAUGAGCACGCUGCUCCCAGCCGUAGACGCUGCGCUGGGCAUCAAGAUGACGUCGGAGAAGCUGCGCGAGGCCCUUGACCAGUUCGAGCUCUCGAUGCCCCUCGGCCACCGCGAGUUCCUCGCGGAGUUGCGCGGGCAGCCCUCCAUUCGGGAGCGCCUCAUGUUCGCCCAGCCGAGCGAUGGUGCUGGCGAGGACCAACACUCCGCGGCGGUGCGGUCCUUCAACCGCUGCAUAUCCCGCGUCCUCGACUUCAGGUGGCAGCACUGGACGUACAUCAAGAACUUCAUCCUCAGGCCCGGGAAUAUCUCGUACGGCCUGGGCUCGGGUGGCACCACCUUCGACUUCCUGCAGCAGCACAUCACCGACACCGAGCGCGCUCGGCUGACCGAGCUCGGCGGC